AUGGGGUUUUAUCCGCGCGCCCUCCGCCCCGAACGCACGCUCCGCCGACAACCGGCGGGUAACACGUACACACAAGCAGUUAAAGUGGAUCUAUUCAGGAAAUACCUGAGGAUCGUCGAGGAGAAGUUUUUUCCGGAAGACAAGUCAAAAGAAACCAAGCAGGGAGAGACGUCCGAAGAGGAGGCAGCUCGGAAGAUCCAGGCGGCGUUCAGGGGACACCAGACAAGGAAGUCCAUCAUGAAGUCCGCCAAGCCCGAGCCGGAGCCGACCAGGGCGGAGCUGGAGGCGGAGUUCAGAGCUGAUGAUAAAGACGUGGUGAACGCCGCUACGAAGAUCCAGGCAUCGUUCAGAGGCCACCAAGCGCGCAAGCAGACGCAGGCAGAGAAGGAGAAGGAGAUGAAGGAGCAGCAGGAUAAGGAGGACAUAGAGAAGAUAGAUUUGACAGAUCCCGACCUGAACAAAGCGGCCACGAAGAUCCAGGCUUCAUUCCGAGGACACAAAGUCCGCAAAGACGUUAAUUAGACCCCCGCAAACCUCCUUCGUAUGUAUCAUAAAAAUGCUUUGACUUCAAAUCGUUUUCUAAAAAAAAAAAUUGAAUUUCGAAUUUCGAGCACAAUUCUACUGCCCGCCAUUUUUAUUAUACAUACAGGGGUAUAGUAGUAAUCGUAAAAUGUCAAUUUUCUACUCAAGUUUUUGAGUUCAUAUCAGUGGAAAAUGGACGUGGAGUGAUUACGGUAGAAAAUAAUUACGUGAGAAAUUCCCUUUUGUAACAAAAGUGUAGUCACCCUAUUUCGUGGCUUUCCGUUUAAUGUUUGGUUUGUUGCUUUAAACCAACUAUGUUAAGAUUUAAACAUCUACGUUUGGAUUUAAACAAUUAUGUUUAGAUUUAAAAUAUGUUUAUGUCGUUCAGAGAAAUAAAUAAUGUUUGAAAGAUUUAACUAAGUAUUUCGGAAAUUUUGCGGUUUCUGAAAAUUAAGUAUGGAGUGUAAAAGAGUUUUAGAGUUGUAAUUUUGAACUUUUAUUCUAAUUAGAACAAAGACAUUCCAAUAGGAUAUAAUAUUAUGUAUUAAAAAAAAUGUAACAGUUUAUUACGAUCAAGAAUUAGUCUAAAAGGCCACUUUGAGUAAAUCAUAAUUAUUAUUUUGAAAAUAAUUAUGUCACAGUAACAGUAUAAAAUAAGUAGUGUUCGUCUAAUUUUGUAUCUUUUAUUACGCAUGUCAAAAUCACGUCAUGUCAUGUCAACGCUACUUGAAGUGAACCAAAUAAAACCAACUUUUUUGUAGCGUCGCGUUGCCAUGACACGACAUGAUUUUAACAUGCGCGAUAAAAAAAUUAGACAAAUAGGUUUUAUUUACUAAUUUGACAUUUUAUCAAAACGUCAUACUAUAAAAAAGACAUGUCAAAUUUGAUAAAAUACUUUUCAUCUGUUAAGUAAUUACCGUUUUAUGAACCCUGAACUGAUACAGGUUAUGAAACAAUAUGAAAUACUAAAAGUGGCAAUUUUAGACUUUCAGAUCUUGUCUAGCUUACUUUUAGAUUCUAAUUUAUUAAUUAUUCAGACUAAAUAUUUAAUUUUCAUUACCGAACAAAUGUAACUUAGAGUCCGAAUCAUGAGUCUAGUCAAAAAAAAGACAUUUGAUGUUUUGUCACUCGUUUCAUGAUUUUGACCUUACUUAUCAUAGUUUUGACUGCUACUAUCUCUAGUUUAUUAGUUAUUUUGAAAUUUAUCACGUAAGUUUAUUAUUUAUUAUUACAAUAAUAAAUAUCAAAGCAGUACCUAAAAAGUACAACAUUUAAAUCUUUGUUAUGACCAAAUAUUAUUUCAAUACCUACUAGUUACUACUAAUUUGUCAAUUUUAGGGCGAAAUAUGUUUCAAUCAUCCUUAAUUUUCGUAUAUCUUACAGAACUUUUUUUAAACUUUUGGCCAAACAUUUAAUUGGUAACAAAAUGCCUUAAAAUAUUAUAGAAUAGAAAAGAGUUUGAAGAAUGAUUUGAUCUCUUUCUAUUUCCUUUUAAUGGUAAUUUGAAUUUUACGCAAAUCUUUGUACCUACUAUUGAGGUGACGUUCCGAUCUUUGCCGUAAGUGACCGCGACCGACAAAAAUUCAAA